AUGGCAAUGCGAAUUCUCCUCGCCCUUAUCCGCCUUGCCGUGCUCGCAGCUGGCGCCAAAGUUGCUUCAGAUCCUUGGAGCAAAGGCGGGCCACAGACAACCAUUUCCGCAUCCAAUGAAGAUCUCGCUGCGAUACACAUCUCCGCUUCAAGUACUACCAUCUACGUGGUUGUCAACAAGGCUAAAGUUGUGGGCCAGUAUGACGACCUGGCGGAUGCAAGGGUCAAGCUUCUUGAAUAUACUGGCCAUGGCAACAGCCGCAUGGUGGUCCCGGUGACUCAUGGCGCCGUUCAGCACAGGCCCGUUGACUUUAACAAGGCCAACAACCUCAACUGGUGGUGGGGUGGGUGGGAUGACAUAGACAGCAUGGUCGACGUCGCAGGAGCAUGGAUGGUCGAAGAAAACAAAGCUGGCAGCUUGGCUGCUUUGUCCUUUGCUGAAGGUUGGCGCGGCAGAAGGGCCCAACCACAGUGGUUCGCCAGCUUGUCUCGCAGGGAGGAGCAGCUUACCCAGCAGGUGUCCUCUUUUGAUGAUCUUGCACUGCACGACUGCUAA